GAAUUUUCCCCUACUAGAACAAUCCUACAAAAGUUCAAGCCAUCCAAAAAUGAAAAACACCAAAAUUACCAAGAUAUUUAUCCACAAGGUUGAUGCAGAUAUUUAUGAUCAUCAAAUAGGGAUUAAGACAUGCAGAAAAUUGAAAGAAGAUCUUUGUAUUCAGUUUCAGCUCUAAUAAGAAGUGAUUGAAGCUUUGCACAAAAUUGAACUCAUCAUAGCAUGGAUAACAGAGAUUCAGAGGACAUCAACGAAUGGCAAGAAAUAGAACCAGGUCUCAGAUGGGGCAUGGUGGCGGUCAACGAUGACUACCUUCAGGUUCCUGUUGACCAAUCUUCUUCAACUGACGACCCUCCAAUUCACCAUCAACAAGCAUCGUCGUCAGAAACUGUUUCGACGACGGCGUCGGAAGACGACAACGGGGCUUCGUCGCCGUCGUCCGUUGAAGGUGAUACGGCAGUGACGGCGGAGGCGCCUGCACCGUCGGAUUGGAGGAUUAGGGUUGCGAAUGAAGGAAGGAAGCUAUUGAAGCUGCGGUUAGCGGCUGCGAAAAACGGCGUCGUUCGUGCGGCUUCCAUGGUUCGUGAAUGUGUGGUGUGUGUGGGUACGUUUUGGUCAGUCACGUGCGUGUUUGGCGUGGCUGCGGCGGUUCUGGUUGCGGUGGUUUCCGUGGGGUUUCGACGGCGGAGGAGGAGGAGGGUUGACCGUCGACGGAGCGUAGAGGAACUGGCUGAUCUUUUGAGGGAGAAAGACGAGAAAAUUGGUCAACUCUUGAUUCAAAUUGCACAAUUGAAUGAAGCAUUGUCCUCACGUCGCAAGGUUCCAGUGCUCCGAAUCAGCAGCUGAAUAUACAUUAUUGCAAGGCCAAUCAGCCUGAUGAGUUUUGUAGUGCUACUUUGGACUUUACACUUUAGUUUUCUUCUUUUUAUAUGAAAUACUGUAUGUUAUGGCAUGAAACUUUGGCCACAUGUCAACGUUACAUUUUAAGAAUCUUAUAUUCUUAUAUAAAUAAAGUUCUAUUUGUUAUCAUUAA